UUAAAAACCAACCCAAAAUGUUCCCUCCCAACAUGGGUUCCUAUUUUGGUUAAUUUUCUAGUGAACUUCGACUCUCAGCAUCGUUCUCUCUUCCCUCUGUCUUUCGCAUUUGGUGUCCCACUCAGCUGCCGUCGCCGUCGACUUCUCAGCUACCACUGCCGUUGACUCCUACUACCUCGGUUGAAGCUUUUGUUGAAAUGGCUGGUCAAUCAGAUCCUCACCUGAACCUAUUUUCUGCAGAAGAGGUGGAGUUUGUAGCUGAAGAUGAAAUGGUGGAGAUUAUUCCCAAUAUGAGAAUGGAUUCUCUGCAUUUGAUCUGUGGGGAUUAUGGUCCAUUCUAUCCCCAAAUAGCAACUGAAGUUCCAUUGUGGCUAGCGAUUGCUCUGAAAAAAAGAGGGAAAUGUGCAAUUAGGACUCCAGAGUGGAUGUCAGUGGAAAAGUUGACACAAAUUUUGGAGGCAGAACGAGAUUCUCAAGGAUCUUUCCAGAUAUUACCCUUUCAUUACGUGGAAAUAUCAAAACUUCUUUUUGACCAUGCACGAGAUGACGUUCCUGACAUGUAUUUGGUGAGGUCUCUUAUUGAAGAUAUCAGAGAUGUUAGGUUUCACAAAGUUGAAACCAGCUUGGAGUCAAUCGAUACGCGCACAUCUGCAGUGAAGAUUAAAGAUCUAUCUGCUAUGGAAGUGAAUAUAGUUCGACCUUUCGUCGUUAGAGCACUGCAAGCAAUUUACAAGCAUGGAAAUCCAGAAUUGGUCCCAGAUCAAGAUAGGAUGACCAAUAUGCAGACACAAGGACAAGAUCAUGGACAAAGACGGCGGCCUCUUCGAAGACGGUAGAAUUUGAGUUGCUCUUAACAGGUACAAUCUGAUUUUACUCAGCAGUGUCAAAUGAAAGCCAGGAUGGAUUCUACUUCGAUAUCAGUUAAAGGUUUCACUUUUUUCUUUUCUUAUUUUAGUUAAACUCUCUUCUAGAUCAUUACUUUAUUACUAGAAGGUGCAGAGAUAUAAUGCUAAUGGUAGAUUUAUUAGCAUAAUAUGCGUACAUGGGUUCAUAUAGUGAUAUUUAUUUACAGUAGAUAAAAGGUCAAAGAUUCUAUUGUUUUCUCCCUCUCUCCUUCCCCUCCAAAAUUCCACUUUUCUAUUUUGUAAGUCUCUAAUUAACCUCAAAUUAUUUCUCUUGCUGAUCUAUUUUUCUGCUAAAGCAAGUAUAACUCAACUGGCAAACGAGAAUGUUAUUGACCACGAGGUCUAUGUUUCAAAUUCA